AUGACGACGUGGCGCGACUCCGCUCUUCCUUCUCAUGCGCAGCGCCAAGUACCACCUGUAUGGACCUCCCCAUCCCAGCCCUGCCUGAAGCUGAAAGGCGGGUCCGCGAAGCCCCAGGAUGCCCUAGGCCUCUUCUUUCGCACCGCCGGGGUCUCCGCAGCCCGGCAGCCCACCGUGUCGCCGUGUGUCGCCUUGAAAAUUCCUUGCGUUUCCGCAUACAGGCAGAGCUUUCUAGAUGCCUGGGUGUUCAGCCUGUACAUGGACGGGUCCAGCCGUUUCCUUGUGAGACGUUUCUUUCGCCGUCUCCAGGACGUCGAGAGUCGAGAGGCAGAUCUGCUGCAAACGCGACCUGCAGAUGAUGUGGGCGUGGAGGGUUGGCCGGGGAACGGGUGGUUGUGGGGGGGGCGCUUCGGCAGGUUGGCCCUGGGCCUGGGCCCCCUGCUGGCGCUCUCGCAGGACGACAACAACAACCAAGAGAGUCAGAGGGGGGGGCUCGGGUCAGAGGGGGCUCGGUGUGGCUGUGCGCUGCAGGAGGCUCCCUGGGCCGCCAGCAAGCAAUGCCGCUCCGCCCUUUUGCUGCCGCUCACCGUGGGCCGUCCCGAGCGCUACGACAGCAACGGCAUGUGGAAGGCCGGCUGGCCCAUGCGGCGCAUCGCAGACUCGGAGCUUCCCUCCUUGCAGGGCUCGAGGCUGGUUGGUGGGAACUACACGCUCUACUGCGCGCCGGGCUUUGAGGUCUCGGGGCCCAACGGAGGCCCGCGACCGACAGGCGACGGUUCUGGGAAGUGGGAAGUUCUGAGGCACAUGAGGCCGCCCACAUCGCAGGAGCUCCACUGCAAGAACGUGGAUGACUGCGCCAAGCUGAGGCACGGUUGUGGUGCCCUGGGCAUCUGUUUGGACCUCAUUGACGGCUACGACUGCAACUGUGAAAACGGCUUCUACACGCGACACUACCUGGAUGGAGAGAUCGUAUGCGGCCCGAAGGGCAUCCACAAGGACGUCUGCCAUGGCCAGACAUGCGGAGCUUACGGCGUCUGCAUCGACCUUGUCGGCAAUGCUUCCGGCUAUGAUUCGGCUAAGGGAAUCUACCGAUGCGAGUGCACGGAUGGCUUCUUCGACAACGGUGUGACGUGCGAACGCCAGGAUUGCGGCAACAAGUCGGAUCCCUUGGGCACUUGGCUAGGCAGCACGAAGUUCGGCGACGAGUACACUCUCAGGUGUCCGCCCGGCUCCUACAUUUGGGGUGGUGCGCUGCAGGAGGUCACCAUGUCCUGUGGUGCCUCUGGGCAGUGGCUGUCGGACUAUUGGUGCGUGAACCCCUUGGACAAGGAAGCCCAAAGCCGCAUGGCUACCAUGGAGCUUUGGCUGGACAUAGCUUCGGUGCUGCUGUGCAUGGUGUCAGCUGCUUUGGCUGCUGGCCUCACUCUUGGCUUGGCCACGGUGGAGCCCUUCGGCCUCCGCGUGAUCCUCGCGGCGCGGCCCGAGGACUGCACCUCCCAGGAGGAGCGGGCCAAGCUGAAGAGCGAGCAGGACUACGCCGUGCGCAUCCUUCCCCUGGUCCGUGAGCACCACCUGCUUCUGGUCACGCUGCUCCUCUUCAACACCGUGGCCAACGAGGCUCUGCCGGUCUUCUUGGACAGGCUCCUGCCUUCCUGGGCUGCAGUCUUGCUGUCCGUGAGCGUCGUCCUUAUUUGCGGGGAGAUCCUGCCUUCGGCAGUCUUCACCGGCCCGAACCAGUUUGCCAUCGCAUCUGCGCUGGUGCCAUUGGUUCAGGUCUUACAGGUCCUUUUCUUCCCGGUCGCCCGGCCUAUUGCCAACGUCUUGGACCAAAUGUUCAAAGACGAGGCUUCGGAGGAGGGCGGUGAGGGCCAUGGCGGCCCUGGCGGAUCCAAGUACUCUCGAGCGGAGCUCCGGGCAAUGUUGGUCCUCCACGGGCCUGACGAAGAUGAGAACAGCAAAGAAAGCGAAAGCAACGGUCACUUCUGCAACUGUGCGAUGGGCGAAGCUCACGGACCUAAAAGGUCGGAGGAGGACGCGGAGGACGAGGUGAUCGCCAGGUCCGAGCUUCGCAUGCUCGAUGGUGUUCUCAGUCUUCGAGACCGUUACCUCUCGCAGCUGCGCUGCUUUACUCCGCUGAAGCACUGCCGCAUUGCUAGUGCCAAGGAGCAGGCCGUGGAUGUGGUGGCGCGCUGCGCCCUGAACGGCGGCGACCGCUGCGUCAUCGUCUUGCGAGGGCACGAUGGUUCCACGGCCGUGUUGGGUGCCCCACCCUCGCUCGAUGGCGGAGGUGAUAGCGACACCGACGUGGGGUCACCCUCGGCUGCUUCGCCGAAGUUAAGUCUCAGAGCUUCGGCAGUGCGAGGAGCCCUUAGGAUGCAGGAGAUGUUGAAAGGCGGCACUCAGAAGCUCAGCGCGCUUUGCCCGGCCCUGGCGGUGACGGUGGACGAAGACGACCAUCUCAUGCAGGUGAUGGGGAAGUUGCGGUCUCAAAACUCUUCCAGCGCCAUCGUGGUCCGUCCCUCCUUGGACGGCGGGGCCGACACCGUGCGUGGUGUCGUCCACGUCUCACAGGUGGUGUCCUUCUUGAUGACGGCCAAAGACUUCAGCCGGGAAGGUACCAAGGAGAUGUGGAGCCCCUCGGUGUCACCAGGCUUUCGGCCGAACAACAACGCUCAGAGGCGUCAUCCGCUGGCCCGGGCCAGGUCCAAUCUGGGAGAUGCGGGGCUCGCCAGCCAAACCCAAACCAUGAUGCGGUUCCGCCGCACCAUGCACCACGAGGACGCUCCGAAGGUGCAGUUUCAGAUUGAGCGCAGCCACAGCAGGUCCCUGGCUUUCUCUGUCGCCAAAAGCGCUGUUUGUGAGAUGCGGCUUUGGCUCUUACUCGUGGUGAGAGUCGCCCCCAUUGGAGCGCUUUCAGAGGCAGACGACGAGUGUUGGACGUCGAAGGAUUGCGCAGUGAGUGCCUUGCAACGUCGAAGCUGGACCUCAACAGCCUCAGCAGAGCUCCAAAACACCUCCGCGUCCGCGGCUUCUACUGCUUCCGCGUCUGAGCUUCGCAUCUACCAAUGGAAUCCCCAUUGGCAAUGCUUCUACCAGAAAACACACAGCACAUGCAAGGAGCGGGGCAAGGCCCUUUUGAAUCGUGGCUUACGGAACAUGCAGAUUGAUUUCGCGAAUGUCAUUGAACUUGUCGAUCCUUCUUACAGGCCCCCGGGAGGCUUUCAGAUGCUGAAAGCCACCUGCAACAGCAAAGAGAAUGCCCUGUUGAUCUACGACUCAUCCAAGUGGAAGCCUUCUAGUAGAGGAGGGUCUCGUGUCUCCGGGUGCAUCACGAGGAAGGAUCGUGCCUUUAACGUGCAAAUGUUCGAGUCUGUCCGUGGUUCUCCACUGUCUCAGGUUGUGGUUGUGGGUGCACACUACCCGCAUUACAUCAAUGUGCCAAGACUCAGAGACUCCCUUGCUCAGGUCACGCAUUCCACGGGGGUCAAAAACGUGAUCUUCAUCGGGGACACCAAUCAGGAGAACGGUGACAGCAUGGAUGUAGCCCGGGCUCUUGGAAUGCCAAUGGCACAUUCCAUUCGCUCCUCCCCACUUUUCGUCAGCUGCUGCCACAAAGUCAACGAGGGCUUCGUCUGGAAGUUCGAUCGGAUCAUCACGAACUUCGGCCGCAUGACAGAUGCAGGGGUCUUCGAGGUGCCUUCUUGGGCAGCGCCCUCCAUGCACAGAGCUGUGCACGCCAAGAUCCAGCUCUCCUAG